AUGGAGAGAAGCGGGGAAGAAAACGAAGGUGUAGUUGCUCAGAAGUAUCAAGUCCUCUAGAAGGAGACCUCACUACUCGUUGCCAAGAUUAUUGAAAUCGAAGACGAGAAGAAGGAAUAUGAGCUUGUACUUGACACAAUAAAGGAGCUUGAAGAUACCAGAAAGUGCUGGAGAAUGGUCAAUGGAGUGCUCUUUGAAAAGAACAAGGCAGAGACUAUUCCAGAGUUAGUUGCUGAAAUCGCAAACAUGGAAAAUGUUAUUAAGCAAAUUACCGAUGCUCUUAGUCAAAAGAAGGGAGAAAUCGCCAGACUCGAGCAAAAGUAUUUUCAAUUUUCAGUUAAUAUCUUUUAUUAUAGAUACGAGUCAUUGAUGAAGCAAGCAAAAGAAAAGCAAGAGGACAUUAAGCAAAAUGAAGUUAAGGCUGGUGGUGUCUUGGUAUGA